UUCGCUUACCUUUUCCCUCCAUCAAUUCUUUCUUAUCAACCAUGAAGCUCGAAGUUGACAUUAUCUCCGAAGAGUUAAUCAAACCUUCUACACCAACGCCUCCCCAUCUCCGCCAUUACUCGCUCUCUUUCAUCGAUCAAAUCACCGUUCACAUUUACGCACCCGCCCUCUACUUCUACCAAUCCACCGACACUGGCGUGGGUGGCGAAGAUCUCGAUUUUGCUCUCGCCUUCAAAAACCGUCUUCGAAGCACCCUCCCGGACGUCCUAUCUCACUACCCGCCGCUCGCUGGCCGUCCAAAUUACGCCUCUUCCUUCAUCGACUGCAACGAUACCGGCGUCCCCUUCCGAGAAGCGCGAGUAAACUCGCAACUCGCCGACGUGAUCCAAUUCGCGCAGCCGGACGAUCUCAACCGGCUAUUCCCUGUGGAGUUGGACCGGUUCAAUGAAGAACUAAUGGCGGUUCAGUUCACGGAAUUCGCGUGCGGGGGAGUUGCGGUUGCGUCGUGCAUUUCGCACAAGAUAGCCGACGCAAUGGCACUCUUUUCGUUGAACAACAACUGGGCCGCCAUGGCUCGUGGGGUGAAAGGCGUCUUCAAGCCCCACAUGGAAGGCGCCAAAAUCUUCCCACCCAAAAUGAUGUCGUACGAUACGGCGAUGACGAUCGUGAGAAACAGAGUCUCGAGAAGAUUUGUUUUCAAGCAAUCGAAAUUGGAAGCCAUUAGAGCCAAAUACACAGAAAAUCAAACUACGAUUAACCAGAAUCGACCUUCACGAAUUGAAUCCUUAACAGCUUUUGUUUACAGCCGAUUCCUCGCAGCCUUUAAACACGAUUCUGCAAUUCGAAACGACAUGUCGUUUUUAGUAAACUACACAGUAAAUCUCCGUCCAAAAAUGAAUCCACCACUUCCACGUGACGCAUUCGGGAAUUAUUAUUUCAACGUCAUGAUUUUCCCUUCGCCGGAAACGCUCAACGACGAUGAAAGUUGCUACGAUUUGGUGAAGCAACUGAGAGAAGAAACGAACAAAAUCGAUGGUGAAAUGGCGAAGAAGUUUCUGAAUGAAGACAAGGAUCUGAUGGAAACUGUGAAGGAAGUUGCUUCGAAAGUGGCUAAUGAAGAGAUAAUUUCGUGUGCUUUCAGUAGUAUUUGUAGAUUUCCGCUUUAUGAUGUGGAUUUCGGAUGGGGAAGGCCGGUUUGGGUUACUUUUCCGGCGCUGUGGUUCAAGAAUCUGGUGGCGUUUUUGGACUCGAAAGAUGGAGAAGGCGUUGAUGCAAUCGUUCACUUGGAAGAACGAUACAUGAAUAAACUUGAAGGUGAUGAAGUGUUCAUGAAUUAUGCUACUCCUCUUCCUACCCCUUCUUCCCCACUCGCCUGAAAAAUCAACCCCUCUUAUAAGCUAUUUGUUACUAUUUUCUUCGUGCUUUGUUCUUGUCUUUGCUUUUUUUAAUAUCUUUGUGUUUUUCGUGAAGUGAUAUGUGAUUUGGUAUUAUAUUUAUGUGAGUUUGUAACGUUUUAUAAUUAGCAAAGAUGAAAGAAAAUGUUAAAUUACUAAGUUUAUAAUAUGUAAC